CAUGGAGAGAUUGUCCAAAGUCAACCAACCGGUCCGACAGAAUAAUCCUGGAAACCAAAGGGAGCCGAAUGAUAAGAUCCAGGAUGGGAAAGUGCACCUGAAGCAGGAAGCCACAGAUGAAGCAUCAACAGACCAAAAAGUGAUGGCCGGAGAGGCUUUGGACAGGAGGAACAUCUGGGAGCCGAGUGUUUACUACUCGCUGGGAAAGGAGUCUUUUUAUUUUGCUGGUCAUGACAUCAGCAUCCGCGAAUCUAUAGAUACUUACGGCGCUCUGAUCUGGCCUGGGGCUGUAGCCUUGUGCCAGUUCUUGGAGAAUAACCAGCAACAAGUGAACCUGAUGGACAAAGCAGUGCUGGAGAUUGGAGCUGGGACUGGCUUACUCUCCAUAGUGGCGAGUCUACUUGGGGCUUGGGUGACAGCUACUGACCUGCCAGAUAUCUUGUCUAACCUGGCCUUUAACCUUCUGCGAAACACCAAGGGCCGAUCCCGCUACACCCCUCAGGUGACUGCCCUCACCUGGGGUCAGGACCUGGAGCGAGACUUUCCCUACCCGUCCUACCACUACGACUAUGUGCUCGCGGCUGACGUAGUUUAUCACCACAACUGUCUCGAAGAACUGCUGAAAACCAUGUGUCACUUUUGCAGGCCAGGAAGCCGAACAACGUUGCUGUGGGCCAACAAGAUCCGGUUCCAGUCGGACCUGAGGUUCGCUGAGCGCUUUAAGAGCAGUUUUAACACCACGCUGCUCACUGAGCUGCCACAGCAGGAGGUGAGGAUAUACAAGGCCACAGCGAAGGAGUGACAGAGGAGCCUCAAGAGGGGGAGUUUGCUGAAAAGUUAAAAGUUUUGUGUUGAGUUUGAAGACAUUUAUCAUUCAAAAAAACAGGAAAUUCCAUUUGCUCUCACUGACUGACAUUCCUGGAGAGCGCUGUAAUUGUCACGCAGAAAGCAGAAAUGAAGUUCCUGACUCAAAUUUCCAUUUUAAUAAGCUAUUUUAUUUGCCAGUACUUUUUAAUACAUU